AUGAAUUGUAAUGCCUGUAAUCAACAUCUUCAAGCUGAUAGCUGCUUACACUGUCGAUUGUGCAAACACGAUUAUCAUUAUAAAUGCUUGAACAUUAGUAGUAGCCAAUUUGCAGCUCUGCCCGAGGAUUUCCUUUCAUCUUGGGUAUGCCCUGCCUGCACUAACAUAACGAAACGUAAGAAUAGGGUUACUUGUAACACCCCAGUUCGCCUCAAUCAGGUGCCGACAGCGGAUGACGCAACGAAUAUGUCAUUUGAUCAAGACACAAUCGGCGCAAAUAAAUCGGAUUGUGCUAAUGAUUUGAAAAAUCCCACAACUACGUCUAGAGGCGCAUCUCAGUCGACUGCCGAGCCAAUAACUAUAGAAAAAAUUUCGCAAAUUAUGGAUGAUAAACUGAACUCUUUUCUUUCAUAUUACUUGUAUAACCUGCGCUCCUCCUUGAAAACAGACAUAGACAAUAUGAUUCGUGACCGUAUUGAUGGGUUAAAGCAGGAAUUUACAGCUACUACCGAUUUUCUGCACAAUGAGCAGCUAGAUAUUAAAAAACAAAUAGAAGAUCAAAAUUCUGUAGUUAAGAGCUUGGAAGAAGAGAACUGCGCCCUGAAGCAGCAAAUUAGCAAAAUGAGUACUAAGCUAUCGAGUAUGGACAACAUGACUCGUAGUCUGAACUUAGAAAUUCAUGCCGUCCCAGAAAAUAAAAAUGAAAAUUUAUUAGUACUGUUUCGUAAACUAUGCGAAGUCGUCGGUGCUAACAUAGAGGAAUCAUCGAUCAGGGCAUGUCGCAGAGUAUCCAAAAUGGACCCCAAGUCCUCCCGGCCCCGUAACAUCUUAGUCACCCUAGCAUCGUCCCGACAGCGUGACCUUGUCAUCUCGGCUGUCACUCGCUACAAUAAAAGCCACUCGGAUGCCAUGCUAAACUCGAGACAUCUUGAGGUGACUGGUACUUCUAACAGAAUUUAUGUCGUUGAACAUUUGUCUCCGGAGAUGAAGAUGCUAUACGCCGAAACUCGUCGAUGUGCCGCAGAUAACAAUUAUAAAUACACUUGGGUGCGAUAUGGCAAGAUUUACACUCGUCAAGACGACUCUUCCAGCGCAAUUCUGAUUAAAAAUUCUAACUGCUUAAUUAAGCUAACAAAACCCCCGCGGAAAUAA